AUGCUUGAAGAAGAAAUGAAAAAGGAACAAAGGAAAUUCACUAAAAAACUAGAUAUUAGCAAAAAAAACUUAGAAGGUCACCUGAAUCUAAACGAUUUUGUGAACCUAGAGGAAUUAGAUUGUUCCUUUAAUAGAUUGGAUAGACUUGAUUUUGAAGGUUGCUCUAAUCUUAAAAAAAUUAAUUGCUCAAAUAAUAUAGUUCUUUCAGAAAUUAAAUUACCCUUUGAUGGGAAAAAGUUGGAAAAAAUAAAUUUAGAAAAUAAUAAUCUUUCUGAGCAAGGGCUAUCGUGCUUCGAAAAUUUUACACGUUUAAAAAAAUUGAAUAUUGGAAACUAUGAAUUUGGAGUUCAAGUUCCAAAGAAACCUGCUACAGAGAAUGAAAAAGGUUGGAAAGCACGAAAAACAAUUGCCAAAGUAAUGGCUUGGGCAAGAGAAGAGAAGAUUGAAGAGGAUAAAUACAACCGUUUUCAUGGAAGCCUGAAACCUUUAAAAAAACUAACCGAAUUAGAAAGUCUCGAUAUUAGUAGCACUGAUAUUGAUGAAGGUUUAGAGUACUUACCCAAAAGUUUAAAGAGUUUUAAGUGCUUUAAUAGUAAAAGACCGCAAUCCAAAGUGCAAAAAAUUUAUGGAGAAUUAUUUAUCUAUGGAGGAAAGAUAAAAAACUGGCAAGAAGCUAAUCCAGAAAAAAUGAACAAUGUUUGGGGAGAAAACUGA